AUGAAAUCUAUUGGCGCGCCAUUGGAAAGAUGCAGAAUCAUUAAAUAGACUCUGCAUAUGCAAAACCUAAAGGUCAACGAGAAACCAACAGGGUCCAGUAUCAGUAUUUUAUAAAAGAUAACUUCUGAAUAGGGAGUUGCUUAACUUUGGAGAGGAAAUAUGGCUAAUGUCUACAAGGUUUUCUUAUAGAUGAGCUUAAAAGUCUUUUUCUAUGAUAAGUUCAAGAAUUUCUGGAUGCCUUUUAGCACUUAAAAAUACACAGGAUUCGAUUAUAUCUGGAGAGUAGCACUCUCUGGCUCACUUUGCACCGCAAUUACAACCUUUAUUACUUAUCCUUUAGAUUUGAUUCACACUCGCUUAGUUACAGAUAUGUCAAAGCAGGGUUAGCAGAGACUAUUCAAAACAACCUUUGAUUGCUUUAAUCGUACGCAUUUAGAUGAAGGCAGAGGCGGGCUUUUCAAAGGUCUUGAUGUCACUAUUUAUUCAGCUAUACUUAGAGGUGCUCUAACACUCCCAAUUUAUGAUUUAUUGAAGAGAAAUAAAGUAUUCUAAUCAAAGGAAGGUGAAAUUAACAGUCUAGCUUCUAACUUUUUGCAAAGAUUAGGACCCUCAAUGAUAAGCUCCUUGCUUAUAUCAAUGAUACUUUAUCCAAUGGAUACUAUGAAAAGAUGUUUAUAACUCAAUGGAGGCAGAGGGUAACUUAUUUUAUAUAAAGGCUUUGGAGAUGCAACCUCAAAGUUCUUGUAAUCUCAAGGUCCCGCAGGACUCUAUAGAGGAAUUCAUCUAUACUUUAUUAAUGAGUUAGUAAUGGCUUUUACUUACAUUAGUAUAUAUGAAGCAAUGGGUCCAAAGAACUUUGGCUUAGAAUGA